AAGGCAGCAAGUCACUGAGCAAAAUGGAUAAUCACCAAAAGAAGAAUCUAACUUUUCUAACCAUUGGACUGAUAUUUAUGCUGAGCGGCAUAGAGUACGCUGUCAUUCUGCCAACAAUAUGGAGGUAUCUCCAGAUUUUGGAGGCCCCUCCAUACUUCCUGGGUCUGGGUCUGUCUGCGUUCAGUCUGAGCGGACUGCUCACGGGCCCGCUGUUUGGGGUCUGGUCAGACCGGAGCAAAACUACGAAGUCCAUCAUCCUGUUCUCCAAUUUCUUUGAGAUUGUCGGAAACUUCAUGUAUUUUCUUGGAUAUUCAAAGUGGCUGUUGUUGUGCAGUCGGCUUGUAGCAGGUAUCGGUGCAGGAGCGGGCUCCUCCAUCUUUGGUUUCCUGACUCGGAGCACUCGGCCAGAGGAGCGAGCGGGUAUCUUCGCAGCCAUCAUGGCGUGUCGACAAGCCGGCCUCCUUGUCGGGCCGGCGUUCAACCUGUUCCUGAGGCUGUGUGAUUUCAAACUGGGGCCCUUUGUUGUGAACAAGUAUACGUCUCCUGGGAUCUUCAUGUGCCUGUUGUGGGUGCUGCUCCAGUUUGCUGUCCUGGCUAUGUACUGGGAUGUACCACCCAUCAGCUCCACAGAGGGGGGAGCGGCGAUGAUGGAGAUGAAACAGGAGGAGGAUGAGGAGGAGAUGCCGCUGAUGGGGUCCGACGAAGAGCCGGUGCACACCUACAGAGCUGUCAUCUCCGACCAAUCGGAGACCUCCGCCUCAUCUGAAAUGCAGCCCUUCCACGGCGCCUCGGCGGUUUCAAACCCUUUCAAAAACUUCAGCGCCAGCAGAGAGUUCCUGAGAGAGGAGGUGGUUGUACUCCUCACGGCUCAGUUCAUCACUCUCUUCAAUCAGACAGCGCUGGAGACCAUGGUGACUCCUCUGACGCAGCGCUACUUCAGCUUUAGUGAGCUGGGCAACAGCCUGAUGUACAGCUUGUGUGGGGUGGAGGUCAUCCUGGGCUUCUUCUUUGUGCGCUGGCUGAGCAGGAAGGUGGCGGACCGCGUCGUGCUGGCCGUGGGCCUGGUCAUCUGCUGCGCCGCCUGUAUCUGGUGCCUCAUCUUCCUCUGCAAACCUCGAGGUGGUUAUGGAUGGGAGCUGUCGGCCUUCAUCAUCGGAGUGUUUCUGCAGCUGUUGGGGCUUCCCUUUGUGGCCGUGUCUCAGGUGUCUCUCUUCUCCAAAGUCACUGCAGAAAAAACACAAGGAUUCAGCCAAGGUGUCAGACGCUCAGUUGGGGGCUUGGCCACCAUCUUGGGUCCUCUGUGGGCUGGAGGAUUGACCAAUAAUUUAUACAUAAUGCUGGGCAUGAUGCUAGCUCUCCUCAUAAUGAUCACAGUUAUGACGGUGCUGUCCUACGACCGUCUGACUGAGCCCAGGGCAGUGCAGUGCGCCCAGAGCUGUGACAACGGAGGAUAGAGCUGCAGUUUGUCUGAAGAGCCGGAGAGGCUAAAGACAGACAGCAUGAAUGCCCUUCACUUCUGAGAGAAUCAGUAUAAGUUUACUGCAGAGGAAAGAGUACGACUGUGGAAUAAAAAUGUUCAGAUAACAUAUGUACCUCAGAGCCUGUCAUAGAGGGGAUCUUCAGAUUUUAUUAGAAUCUAUCAUGUAUGCACAUCACUAUUAGACUAUUAAUUAUAUUUUACACAAGGGGGCACCAUUGCUCUCAUAUUGAAUAUUCAGAGGCGUAAUUGAAGAUGAAAGCCAUUAUUUUUAAACUAAACUAUUUAUACUCCCAGGUGUUGAUGAAAAGAUAAGAGAGCAGAUUCUUCCAUGUGACCUGUGUAUCAAAUUUUCAUUUCUUGUCCCUCAUCUUUCUUUCUCCAGAAAAAACAAACAAACAAACAAACAAAAAAAAACACAUGCUGACAAUGAAACAGUUGACACAAUGAGUGCAGAAGUGGAGUUGUCAACAUUUUAGCAGCUCCAUGUCAGUGGAGCUGAUAGAAGAAGAAGGUGAAAGAGAGUGAUGAAAUACAUAUUUGGAGAUAUUUAUUUGUACAGUGUUGGAGACUAAAUGCAUUUACAUGGUUCAAAUAAAACCCUUGCGUGUGUCUAAUCCGUUCCCCAUAUAAUGUGUGCAAAUGAGAAACUCCUGAAUUAAAACCAAAUUUAAAAAAUGUUAAUUUGUAAUCU